AUGGCACUUACCGAAAUACUCCGUCAUGGUUAUAAAGAAAUUUUAGGAGCCAUAAUUUUGCUUGGGUUGUCACUUGUUUGUAAUUCCGAUUUUUCGAGUAAUAAAUAUGAACAACCAGCUUUCGAAAUUGUGUCUAGUGAAAAUAUAAAACAUGGACGUAACUAUCUAAGUCAAUUACGCAAGUGGAGCGAGACAGCACAAUGCUGGCACGAAGCCUUGAUGCAAUUUCAGCGUGGCUGCAAGCACCUCUCUUCAAUCGAUCAAUCCAGGCUAGCUAUUUCUCUCACUAACUGUCAUCUAGCACAAUCUGGACAUCCGAUAUUCCCGUGCUCUAAUAAUCAGUCUAUUGAAGAAUGCACCCAAACUAUGGAUAAAGCAGAUUUUAUCAUCUACACUGAAUUCUUCACAAAUUCUAUAAGCAUCUGUUUUUUCAUCAGAAAUCAGCAAUGGCAAGAAAAUACUGAGUUCAUUAUUAAUCAGCUAUCGAUCUCUUCCCUCGAAACAGCUAAGAAACUAAAGAAGUCGUUGCAAUACCAUGAACAGCUGCUACAAAAGCAACAUAAUUCCUUAGAGAAUCAAAAGUUAAUAAUUCAAAAUGAAAGACUUUUGAAAGAAUCUAUCAAAAAUUCUACUGAAGAUAUGACUGAUAUUUUGGCGAAGACUAACAGUAAGGCUCAAGAGAAUUAUCAAACAAUUCGAGCAGCAUUUAGUAGUUUAGGGAAUAAUUUACGAUAUUUGACUUCGCUCCAAAUGCUACUUCUGGGAGAAUUUUCUACAAUUUAUACCAGCAUUUAUUAUGUGAUUGGUGUUUCAUUAGCGUAUUUGCUAACUACGACACCGUCCACUGCGAAUGCAAGAAUUUGGUUAUAUCUAGUUUUAACGAUCAAUGUAAUAUUUGAACGAGUAUUGACAGCGAUUUUACACAGUUAUCGACCUGUCGAUAACAAAAUCAAGGAUACAAUUUAUAGCACAACAUGGAUCGGUAGGAGAAUUUUCAUUGGGAUCUGUACUAUGAUUCUUGUAAUUUCCUAUAUUAAGUAUCGCGAUUAUAAGAAAAUUAAUAAUGCUUUACUGGAAAAAAUUACGAAACAAAAUAUGGAAAUCAAAGCUCUCUUAAACAAUAAAUCACCCUUAGCUAAGGAAGAUGGUAGAUUAUUAUCAGACAUCGAUUCCCCUAAUGCAAUUACGAAGCAAAAUGUGGAAAUCAAAGCUUUGCUAAAUAAAAAGUUACUCUUCCCUGAGAAAGAAGAUACAUUACCAGAUGUGGAUUCCGCUAAUGAAAACUCCUCAGCUAAGAUUUUAAACAAACAUUUAGGGAAGCAGAUGAAAAGAAAUCAACAGCAUCAAGUUGUAGCCAAAAGUAAAAAUUUAUCCAGUUUGCGUGACAGUGGCAUUUCUGAUGACUGUGAAAGUGAUUUUGAGAUGAGAGCGAUUGUACAUCCAGAAACAUCAGGAAGAUUAAAACCGAAAUCUGCAGUUAAUGAUACUAAAAAGAUACCGAAUGGCGAGGCAACACCAGAGAGGAUGACUCGUUCACCUACACGUUAUAAUCUUCGUCAACAGUUCGGUUAUAAAAUGAACGCAACAAAGAGAGAAAAUAGUACUGUAAAACCUUCAAGAAAGGAAAAGAGGAGCAAUAGCGUGAAAUCAUCUCGAGGUUUGCCUUCGGCUAAAAUGGAACUGUUCUCCGAAGAAGACUAG